UAGCACUGCUUAUGCGCGAAUCGACCCAGAAUAUUGAAAUGGCGCAUCAAUAUUGAAGCGCAAUACCCUUUUUAAAAAAUUUUAGAGUUUAGUUAAAAUUUAUCUCGUGAAUAAAACCGGUUAAGAAAAAAUUGUUCAAUAGUGAUUUUUCAUCGGGAGAGCGGAAAAACAUUCUAACAAGAUAACACAGAAGUCCACUUCCGAAAUGACGUGUUGCACAUUUUGCCCAAAAAGUUUGCCGAGUUUCUAUCCUUAGAAUAUUCCAUGCCGACUUGCUACAAUGCAAUUGCCAUUAAGGAUUUUUUUUGCUUUCGUCUUUGUAGUGGAUGUGAUUGGUAAUGACUGUCAAAAUUCAGAAUACAAUGAGGAAUGCCGCUGUGUCUCUGAUGGGCCAAAAACAAAAAUGUAUUGUCCAGAUUUCAAAUCUGUUAACUGGAACAGUUUUCAAAUUAUUUAUCUGACUGGCCAAUUUGUCGAAAUAACCUGCAAAAAUAAUCCAAGCUGGUCAGAUUUUCACUUCGAAAUCCGACGUCAAACGAAAGGAGUGAAAGAAUUUGCCCUUCGAAACUGCACUCUUGAUGAAAAUACAAACUUGGCUGAAAUUGCACGACUAGUUGGAGCGGAAAAUACUAAAAGAUUGCAAUUUACGAACAAUCUUAAACAUAAAAGCCUAAUGCUAAGGAGGAACCAUUUGCAAGGAUUUUCUAAUGUCGAGAAAUUAGAGAUUACUGAAAACCAACUUCUUGGGGACCUCACCGAAGAUUUGCUGGAACCCUUACCAAAAGUCAAAACUCUUUUUCUACGAAAUAAUAACAUAAAGGUGAUCCCUAAAAACUUUUUUACUUACGUCCCCGAACUUCAAACCCUUGAAUUAGGUAACAAUAAAAUCCAGUCACUUGAUCCUGAAUUAUUCAAGAGCCUUAAAAACUUGACCUUCCUAAAUUUGUGGAAUAAUGAAAUAAGCGAACUCAACAACAUCACAUUUGAUGGUCUGUUUUUGUUGAAAAGUCUUGAUUUACAUGGCAACAAUUUUAAGACAUUACCUGCAAACAUUUUUGAGAAACUCGAGAAAUUACAAGUGGUGAAUUUGUCAGGCAGUCAAUUGGAAUCCUUACCUGGGACUUUGUUUCAAAAGAAUCAAGAGCUGAAUAAAGUGAAACUUCGCGAUGAACGAAAACUUACGAGCUUACCAAAUGGACUUUUUAGUAACUUGAAAAAUCUCAAGAUUGUCCAAUUUGAUGGCUCGAAAUUGGAAAAUCUUCCUGAGGAUCUCUUUCACGGUUCAUUAGAGGUCAAUGAGAUUUCUGUGACUGGAAAUUCUCUAAAGACUCUACCAAAGAAAAUUUUUGAGGGUUUGGAGAAACUUCAAACACUUUUUCUUAACUACAAUCAGAUUGAAGAUCUGCCUGAUAAUAUUUUCAAUACGAAUAAGAAUCUACUGAAACUCAGCCUGACCAGCAAUCAAAUACAAAAUAUUUCUGGCUCGUUAUUCAAAGGUCUACUAUCUUUGAAAAAGUUGGAUUUGCAGAAUAACUCAGUAUCAUUUAUUGACAAAAAUGCAUUUACGUUGUUGCCAAACGUGGAGGUAAUAAAUCUCUCACACAACAAUAUAUCGGAUAUAUUGGUCCUAGAUGAUAUGUAUAUGGUACUAUCCGUUUUUUAUGGCUGCGAGAAACUACAGACACUGGAUUUGUCUUACAAUAAAAUCAAUAGGAUAUUCAGUGAUUGGACUACGCAGCCUCCCCUAUAUUUCAAACUCCUUAAUCUUUCUCAUAACGACAUAGACAUAAUAAAUAAUAUUGAUAUGGAUUUUAAACAGACUCAGGAUUUUGAAAUAUACCUCUCUGACAACAAAAUACGUAGGAUUGAUAUGAGUGAUCGUUUUGAAGAAAUUUUCCUACAAGAAACUCGAAGGAGAAUAAAAAUGCAUUUGUGGAACAAUCCUCUGCAGUGUGACUGUUUCCUUUAUGAUUUUAUACGAUAUUUGGAAGGAUCAAGAGCAGAAUUGAAGAGGAAUUUGCAGAUAGACAUAGGACCUAUGGAAUGCUCGAGUCCAAAUGAACUCAAAGGAACUCUUAUUGCCGAUUUGAAAUCUAAGGAUUAUAGAUGCAUUGAAUCAGAUAGUAAAUAUUAUGAGGGAACCUGUCCCGAAGUAUGCAGCAGGUGGAUAAAGCCUUCAGACCAUAAGCUUAUUUUCGACUGUGCAUAUAGAAAUCUCACUGAAGCUCCAAAAAGAAUGUGCAGGUUGGCAAAUAAUGAAUAUACUACUGAAGUCAAUCUCACCGGCAACUUCAUCAGAAAUAUUCCAAAUAUGAACCAGAUUGGAUAUGACAAAGUGAGGCACCUUAUACUGUCUACAAACAAUAUUUCAACCAUACCGGAGAAUGGGUUUUCAUCGGAACUUUUGUCAUUAGAACUUGACAACAACACGAUUACCGCCAUAUCAUCAGCUGCACUCGAUCAUCUUAAGAACACCACCCUUCAGAACAUAAAACUCGGUGGAAAUCCUUGGAAAUGCGACUGCGAGGCGCGCAAUUUCCAGCAAUACCUUCAAAGCGAUGAGGCGAAGGACAAAUUCCAAGUCCUCGACGCGGGCAAAAUCACUUGUCAAGACUCAAAAAAGGCACUGAAAACGAUGACAGUAAACGAGUUAUGUCCAUCCGAGACGGAAAUGAUUAUUGGAAUAAGCUUGACGACAGCUAUCCUCGGAUUGGCGAUUGGUACCCUGGUAGCUUUAUAUUACCGUUACCAGAGGGAAAUCAAAGUCUGGCUUUACGCCCACCGGAUAUGCCUUUGGUUCGUCACCGAAGAAGAGCUCGAUAAGGAUAAACCUUACGACGCGUUCAUCAGUUACUCUCACAAAGACGAACACUUUAUUGUAAACGAGUUGAUACCAAAACUCGAGGAAGGUCCCAGGCCUUUCAAACUCUGCGUCCACUUUCGUGACUGGCUAGCUGGUGAAUGGAUUCCAAAUCAGAUUGCAAAAUCCGUGAGAGAUUCAAAAAGAACAAUUGUCGUUGUUUCUCCCAACUUUGUGCAGAGUGAGUGGGGUCGACUUGAAUUCCGGACAGCGCAUAGCCAAGCUCUUAAUGAGGGACGGGGACGGGUCGUUGUGAUUUUGUACGGAGACAUAGGGCCAACAGAUAAACUCGAACCAGAGCUGCAAGCUUAUUUGAGUAUGAACACCUACGCUAAGUGGGGCGACCCCUGGUUUUGGGAAAAACUUUGCUACUUUCUACCUCACAAACCUAAUUUGCCUGACGUAACCCCAGAAUCCAGGAUCUUCGCUAAGCAAGAUCUUUCUGCACAACUCAACUUUAAUAAGAGCGAGUUGAAAGAAUGUCCUUUAAAUGACAUGUCGCUACUGACGGAAAAUCCUCGGCCGAUUGACGCCGAAAAGCAGAUUUUGCAAAAUGGAAACAUUUUUAUUGAUAUGAGUGACGACGAGACAAAGAUCCUCAACAGCGCUUGUUAAUUAUUUUUUAAAGAGAUAUAUAAAGAUUACCGAGUGUACGGAUCUUUAUUCAAGAUUCGCCAAGUAAGGUUUAACAAAAUGCUUGGAAUAUUUCGAAAAAAAACUGUUUACACUGCAUUAGUUGCAAUAGUUAAUAGAAUAAGUGACUGCAAUAAGACAAGCAUUUUUUAGUAAUAAGCAUUAAUUGAGGACCUCAAAUGGACGGUGCAAAUGAUUUCUUGUAAUUAUUUUACGAACUUUUAAAUUAGUUUAAAUCUGAGUUUUAGAAUUUUUAAGUCGAGAUAUGUUAAGGCUACAUGCCAAUGAUGCAAAUACUAAUUUUUUAUUUAUUUGUAAGAAUUUAGGCUUAUUUAAAUACUCAAGUACAUUGUGGUGCUAGUGCACUGAUGUUUAACGCCAAAAGAAGACUGAAUAUUUGUAUAUAAACUAUUAUAAGCUAGAACUUGUUAAAUCUAGUUUCGUGAGUAAUAAAUUGUUGUGAUGUAUAAACUGAAA